CAUCUGUUGACACUCCUCCUCCUCGUCAGGUAUGGAGGCUCUGGAGACAGCGCUGGGGUUCUGGGAGGACGCCCUGGCAGCCUACACAGCGGGAGUGACUGGGGGUGUGGCUCUCACGUCGCAGGAGGAGGCCGAGUUUACCGCCCUACUGCAGAGGGUCAUCGACGACGCCUACACUCUCCAGGACCAGUGUGAACACCUCUUCCUCCACCAGCAUUCUGUGUUGUUCCGGUCAUCGAGUGUGACCCCCGUGCCCUCCGAGGUUGCCGCUGACUUGUUCGAGAGACGGACCCUCACCUCUGCUUCCUCCUACGAGUCCUUCGUUUCCGCCUCCGGUGAUAUUGCGGACUUGCGUGACCUAGAGGAGUUUGAUGAGGCACUGUACCCUCUGUACCAGGCGGCUCUCAAGCAACACGAAGACGGCGGCAUUCCUUACAGAGAUGUUCGCACUGAUCGUGUAAGAUGUGCUAAUGAUGUGGAGUAUGUAUGUAAGGUUCACUGUAUCCGUCUUGCUUGUCAGCUGCUGUUCUCACAAGAAGGAACUAAACAAUUUUUUGCCGAUUCUGGCAGACAGAUCAUUGCUGACCUUCUUGUUCGAGCAGAUAAGGACCCGAAGGACGUAGUACUGGCAUAUGACGCCAUGCUGGAGUUUCUCACUAACUGUGAAUGGCCAGAUGUGGAGUUGGAGCUUCAGGGGCGUGGUGUUAAAGCUCUCACAUUUUAUGAUGUCGUCCUUGACUUUAUCUUAAUGGACGCCUUUGAUGACCUUGAAAAUCCUCCUUCUUCUGUAACUGCUGUAGUACAAAACAGAUGGCUCUCAAAUGGAUUCAAAGAAUCUGCACUGUCUACUGCUGUAUGGAGUGUAUUGAGAGCCAAACGGCGAAUGCUCAAGUAUCAAGAUGGCUUUAUUGCACAUUUUUAUGAUGUAUCUGAGCACCUCUCUCCAGUCCUCGCCUGGGGGUUUAUGGGACCAGAUGAAAAUAUCAGGGAACUCUGCACAUUUUUCAAGGACCAGAUCGUUGGGUUGUUGCAAGACAUGUUUAGUUUUACCACUGUACGUUACACUACGGUGGAGGAGCUGGCCACUGACAUCAUGACUCUGGCAACACAACGCUCUGAAACUAUUUCUCAGAGACUCGGUUUAUAGAGGUUACCCUUACUUCUCUUAGUAUAUCAACAACUCAAACUUCAAAUAAUUCCUGAUGUUGGUGUAUCUGUACAGUAUACUGUAUGUGUGGUGAUGAUUCUUAUUGUUAUGGAAUCACCUAAAAAUUCUCCCCUUGUUUAUUUCAAGUGAAGACUAACCAUCCUGAUGCUAAUUUAACCCAACCUAACCCCCUGGGCAGCACUAGAGUGGUUAAUCUUAAGAUGAAAUAUGUUAGGGGUCAAAUCUUCAGGUGAACCAUAUUGUAAUAGUACUAACAAAAGUGAAUUUUCUGUAAUUUUGGUAAAAAAUUUGUUGAUUUAAUUUUUCUUAGCAUCAGGAAACUAGAAAAUUAUUAAAAGGUUGUAGUAAGUAGUUUGUUCACAACAGGUAAAUUUGCAUUUAUAAAAAUAUAAAGUAAUUGAAGAAGCUAAUUAUUAUAUUAUAACUUGUAGAUGUGUUUCACAUAAUUUUAUUACACAGGCAGCUACUUUGUCUGGGGUUCUUGUCAUUUCCAUUGUAGAAAUUUAUUAAACUUGGGAUAUUUUGGUAAAUGUAUAAAAUGUUGAGUCAACUGUAUAUACUGUUUAUAUAAAACAAAAAGUAAGGCAGAGUUCUUACUGGUAAUUUAAUUUGCACAGAUUUAGAGUAGGAAACUUGCACCAUCUGAAGAUUUGCCCCCAGCGUAUUUCACCUUAAGAUUAACCACCCAAAUACUAACCUAACUUAAUUCCCCCAGGUAGCAUGUGGGUGGUCAAUCAUCUGGUGUAGUUAGCUGGGAGUGCUAAUCUUCAGGUGAUCUGGAAUCUUGACUCACUUGUAAUACUGUUUUGUAGAGUCACUCACUUUUGUAGAAUUAUUCUUAAUACUGUACUACAAAUGCACAAUAUUACCAAGGAAAAUAGGGAAUUUAUUUAACUUUCAGUACUGUAUGUGGUAUGACACGUUGUACAAUAUUUCAUUACCAUAGUGUGCCGUAGGAACCAUUUUUUGCCAUCUUAAUGGAAGUUUUCAUGAAUGAAAGUAUCAUUACAAAGGGGAAGUCUCCUUAAAAUCCACAAAGCUCUGCUCUCAGUGGAUUAUUGAUAAAACAGUGGUAGCCCUCAGGAGCGUCUUAACAAAUUUAAUCAUCAUAAAGCAUUUUUAAAACUCCCUCCUUUAAGUAAGUUCACACUUCACGUUCACACUCCUUAUAGUCACAAAUAUUGUUCACAAAUAACCGCAGAGGAAAAGGUUUGUAUUGUAGUACAGGGUAUUUCCACAGUAGUAUUUUCAUCAACCAGCACAAUGUAAAGCUUUAGCUCAGAUAUUAAUUCAUUUUUAAAUAAUAAGGUUUGAUAUACAGUACAGUACAGUACAGUAAACUUGACUAUACCUAAGCAACAUUUUAUCUUGUGUCAUUUGUUACCAUUUUCAUAGGUGUCUCCUUUACUUUUAACAACUGAUAUAAUAGCAGCUCUGAGGGUUGUCAUGGUGAAUAUGCAGUGUGUCUCAGAAUCCGUAGACAAGACCAUCAAGAAAAAUGGAAGGAUCCACAUAGGCCACUGGCCUCCUUCUUCGGCCUGGCUGCCUCUAGUUUGGAUGACAAUUAUGUAAAGAAGAAAGGUUGAUGUUCAUAGGAUCGUGUGAUUGCUUAUAAUACAACAGCAACAUUGUCCUCACUUGUUGAUGAGCAGAGUCUCCAACAAGGGAAGACUCUGUAUAUGCUAUGUAUGAAUUUUGUAGCUCUUUCUAUCCUGAGUUAUAUUACAGACAUUAAUAGUUAGAGACAAACAGAUUGAUGCAAGUAGCCAUAUUUUCCUACUCAUUCACCUGUCAGUGUGAAUGAUUGUUGUAAGACAUGAGAUUAAACACAUUCAGGGUUUCUCUAGUGUUAAUGAGGUAGAAUAUCAAAAGAUUAUUAGAUGACUCACUGUACUUUAGCUGUGGCACCGAGAUGUUUAUUAGAGUGUAGUUACUUUAAUUUGAUUUCUGAACACUAUUAUUUGUGGUGUAUUAUCAGAUGAAAAAGACACAAUGGAGUGAGAAAGAAUGCAUGUUUGUAUCAUCAUCAGUGCUGCUUCUUUCAUGAAAAAUAAAUUGUUUGUACAAAAUACCACUGUUCCCCAACACCAAAGUUGCUUUUAUUGAUACAUACAUGAGUAGAAUUUUUAACAAGAUCAUCAACAUAAAACAUUUAGAAUCUCACAAAAUGGUUCAUCCGCACAUGCCCGGUACUUGCCAACAGUGCAAACAGAGAACAGACCACUGUUCAUGGCUAUUCGUCACAUGGGGUAACAAUGUGUAUUAAGCUCACAUCGAAGUGAGCUUAGAGUAUAGUUUAUGGGUCAACCCCAACACUUCACAUAUGUCUGAUACAUUUAUCCUUUUCCCAGAUCAUUGUUCUCACAUAUUUACAUCUGAUGCCUGAGGUAGUUAUGUUUGCUAAUUGUACACAGACAUAACAUAAAUACUAUAACCUUCAGACACGGUCACACUUAUUCACAAUAGUACACUCAUCGGUACCAAUUGGGUCCUCCUAAUCAUCAUAUAGAUACCUUGAGUUCUCCCAUUAAUACUAUCUGUAUACAUACUUGAGGUUAUAUGCACGGACACUGGUAUAAAACAACAUACAGCAUACGAAUUACCCCUUCCCAAUGUUUACUGUUUUCUGUGACACUCCCCACUAAAAAACGUAGAUAUUCCCUUAGCGCGGUGAAUUUGAAUGUUAUGUAGCUGUAAUAUAAAUCAGAAGAGAUUAUAGAGACCAAUACUAUUGUACAACUGACCUCCCUUACAAUUUCUGACAAGUUGUAGUCGGCUGCGUGCAAACCAAUAAUUUUGCCAGUGGCUCGCUAAUCUAUGUUCUUUAGCGUCCAUCCUGGGCUGGGUGUGGAGCAGUAGCUAAAUACCACUGCCGCCACCACCACCUCAUCACCUUGCAUUGAUUUUUACAUCUCUAAUAAACUUAUUACAGGUUGGACAAGUCAAAUGCUAUCCAACAAUUCAUUCUUUUUUUCUAUCAAUUAACAAAUUUUUUUUCUAUCAAUUAAUAGUGAUUUAUUUUGAAAAACAUUAGUGGCAGGUCUUUUUAAUACACUUGACAUGAGUGCCAAUUGUAAUUUUCCUAUUCAUGCUUAUAUCCUAAAACAGAAACAAAAACAAAAUUAAUCAGGUUUGUUGAUGGCAUCUUAGCAGUGUACUCUUUCUACCACCUACCUUAUUUUGCCAUCCAUAUUACAUUUGCCCAUGAUUAUUUUUAUGUAUAUCACUACUUAAUCACUUCCCUGAUGGUUAAAUUUGAUAUCUAUUACAGUCAAGAAAGUUAACUUUACCCACUAAACUCUAAUUUAGCAUCAAAGGAAAAGACAUUACACUGACGAGUGACACACAUGAGGGCGAGGUCUGCCCCAGUGUUGCCAGGUCUCAACCAACAUUUUUCUGUAGAUUGAAGCUCAAUUUAUAAUUUUCUACUUUUUUUCCUUGCGUCGUUUGGCGUCUCCAGUGGAUCAAUGGUGCUCUUAGCAUUUGCCCACCUAUAUGGCCUACCUAGGGCCGGCUCUGUAUUCUAUACUGUAUUUGGAUGACUGAAGUCUCUCAUUAUUAUGCAGGUAAUAUAUUCUGAAAGUGGAGCCAGUACAUGCCUAAUACAGUUCUGUACUUGCCAACAGUGUAUAACAGAGAUGUAACUGACUGCCCAAGCGGCUAACAGGUCAAUCGGUGGCAAGAAAUGUUAACAACUAUAGUGUCUCCUGCUCUUCACUCUACAUCUGAUAUUUUUUGACUCGUAUGUAAAUUUAUCAUAUUCUCUGUUUAUUUGAGGAUUUUCAACUAAUUUAUUUCCCUACAAGAGGCAAGAACUUGCAAGGCCCUUUAAGUUUUUGACAGACAGGUACAAAAUAAUAAUUUGAAAGUUUGAAACAUGAAUGUGAGAAAUUUGUUGGGGACUGUUGUACAUGUAAGUGAAGUCUGUGAAUGAGUUGUGAGAAUAAUUUCAUCCAUGGUUUUGACAAUAUUAGUAUUACUGGUAACAGUUGUAUCAAUAAUAUAGGUAAUGGGUGCCACCAAACACCUUUGAUAACACACACCAUACUUAGGUCCUUGAACACAAGAAUGAAACUCCUCAGUCAUCACCUGGCAAUAUUCUUCACUGCCAUAAGGACACUUUUUCACCCACAGUACAAAUAAUGUAUUUAGAAGUGAUGCAGGAACAAUAAUGUCAUUAAGCAGUUUGAUUAGAAUUACAGUAGUUAAGAUUUAUUUAUAAUGAAAGUUAGAUAUAAACCACUAUACUGUACUGUAUAAUAUUUGCAUGAGUAAUUUAUGGUUAUGUCCCUUCAAACACUAAGCAAAGUCAGUACUUUACUGUGUACGUAUCUGCAGAGACAAGGUGUUGUGGCUGAGACAAACUCCUGAAUUCACUGUAAAUAUAUUACAUUCUUUAGUUAGCCAAAUCCUGCCUUUCAGACAUCAUUCCUCUAAUUUAUAAUGAAUUUUCAUAUAAAAACUGUACAUAUUCAGCUGGGGAGAUGAUGUUUGAACUGUAUGUACCACAUUUCAAGGGAAGGAAAAGUACAGGAUGUGUCUGAAAAUCUGUUCUUGACCUUUUGUAUCAGUAUUUGUUUACCUUUUAUUGUAUAGUACAGUGGUCCCUCGGUUAACGAGCACAAUCCGUUCUAGAAGGUUGCUCGUUAACCGAAACCAUUGUUUCAAUGGGUUUUUGGGUAAUUGGUUCCAGCUCACCGA